CCCCCAGGGCGCAGGGGGCCCCCUCGGGUCACCGGCUGCGCAGACCAACCCGGCGGACCGAGACAGACGCGAAUCCUCCGGAGGAUGAUGGCGACCCCAAGGAGCCUGUUCUCUACCGGGGGUGACCUGGACUCAAGUCAACUACAGAUGGAACCUGAUGAAGUGGACACCCUGCAGGAGGGGGAGGACCCAGCGGACCGGAUGCAUCCUUUCCUGGCCAUCUAUGACCUUCAGCCUCUGAAGAUGCGCCCUUCCGUGUUUGCUCCUGGGGUCCCCAUCACAGCCCAGGUGGUGGGCACAGAAAGAUACACGAGUGGAUCCAAGGUGGGAACGUGCACCCUCUAUUCUGUCCGCUUAACUCACGGUGACUUUACCUGGACAACCAAGAAGAAGUUCCGCCAUUUCCAGGAGCUGCAUCGGGACCUCCUGCGGCACAAAGUCCUGAUGAGUCUGCUUCCACUGGCUCGCUUUGCUGUUGCUUAUGCCCCAGCCGGAGAGGCAGCCGACAGAGAGAUCCCCUCUCUACCCCGAGUGGGGCCUGAGGGCUCCACCAGGCAUGCUGCCAGCAAACAGAAAUACCUGGAGAAUUACCUUAACCGCCUCUUGGCCACAUCUUUCUACCGCAACUAUCACGCCAUGAUGGAGUUCUUGGAAGUCAGUCAGCUAUCUUUCAUCCCAGCCCUUGGCUCCAAAGGACUGGAGGGCGUCAUCCGGAAGCGCUCGGGGGGCCACCGGGUCCCUGGUUUCAACUGCUGUGGCCGAGACCAAGUGUGCUAUCGCUGGUCCAAGAGGUGGCUGGUGGUGAAGGACUCCUUCCUGCUGUACAUGUGCCUCGAGACCGGCGUCAUCUCCUUUGUUCAGCUCUUCGACCCUGGCUUCGAGGUGCAGGUGGGGAAAAGGAGCACAGAGACCCGCUAUGGGGUCCGCAUCGACACCUCCCACAGGUCGUUGAUUCUCAAGUGCAGUAGCUACCGGCAGGCACGCUGGUGGGGCCAGGAGAUCACCGAGCUGGCUCAGGGCCCCGGCCGAGACUUCCUACAGCUUCACCGCCAUGACAGCUAUGCUCCACCCCGGCCUGGGACCCUGGCCCGGUGGUUUGUGAAUGGGGCGGGGUACUUCGCGGCUGUGGCAGAUGCCAUCCUGCAAGCCCGGGAGGAGAUUUUCAUCACAAACUGGUGGUUGAGUCCUGAGGUUUACCUGAAGCGUCCGGCCCAUUCCGACGACUGGAGACUGGAUAUUAUGCUCAAGAGGAGGGCGGAGGAGGGUGUCCGAGUGUCUGUCCUGCUGUUUAAGGAAGUGGAGUUGGCCUUGGGCAUCAACAGUGGCUACAGCAAGAGGGCUUUGAUGCUCCUGCACCCCAAUGUCAAGGUGAUGCGCCACCCAGAUCAGGUGACGUUGUGGGCCCAUCAUGAGAAGCUCCUUGUGGUGGACCAAACAGUCGCCUUCCUGGGGGGGCUGGACCUCGCCUAUGGCCGCUGGGAUGAUCUUCACUACCGACUGACUGACCUCGGGGAUGCUUCUGCAUCACCUGCCUCUCAGUCUCCCACUCCAUGCCCAAGCACCUCAGCCACCCCAGAACUCUCCCACAACCAACACUUUUGGCUGGGCAAGGACUACAGCAAUCUUAUCACCAAAGACUGGGUACAGCUGGACAGACCUUUUGAGGAUUUCAUUGACAGGGAGACCACGCCCCGGAUGCCAUGGCGGGACGUUGGGGUGGUGGUCCAUGGCCCCCCCGCCCGGGACCUUGCACGGCACUUUAUCCAGCGCUGGAACUUCACCAAGACCACCAAGGCCAAAUACAAGACACCCACGUUCCCCUACCUGCUGCCCAAGUCCUCCAUCACUGAGAACCAGCUCCCCUUCACUCUCCCCGGGGUGCAGUGCGCCACCGUGCAGGUCUUGCGGUCAGUGGACCGCUGGUCAGCAGGGACCAUGGAGAACUCCAUCCUCAACGCCUACCUGCACACGAUCAGAGAGAGCCAGCACUUCCUUUACAUCGAGAAUCAGUUCUUCAUUAGCUGCUCAGAUGGGCGGACGGUUCUCAACAAGUUGGGCGAUGAGAUUGUGGACAGAAUCCUGAAAGCCCACAAACAAGGGCAGUGCUUCCGAGUGUACGUACUUCUGCCCCUGCUCCCUGGCUUUGAGGGCGACAUCUCCACAGGGGGCGGUAAUUCCAUCCAGGCCAUCCUGCACUUCACCUACAGGACCCUGUGUCGGGGAGAGUAUUCCAUCCUGCAUCGCCUCAAAGCAGCCAUGGGGACAGCAUGGCGGGACUACAUGUCCAUCUGUGGGCUUCGCACACACGGGGAGCUGGCUGGACACCCAGUCUCAGAACUCAUCUAUAUCCACAGCAAGCUGCUCAUAGCAGACGACCGGACAGUCAUCAUUGGCUCCGCCAAUAUCAAUGACCGGAGCUUGCUGGGGAAGCGGGACAGUGAGCUGGCCGUGCUGAUCGAGGACACGGAGAUGGAAGCGUCCGUCAUGGACGGGGCGCAGUAUCAGGCAGGCAGGUUUGCCUUGAGUUUGCGGAAGCACUGCUUCAGUGUGAUUCUCGGGGCCGAUGCCCGGCCAGACCUGGAUCUCCGAGACCCUGUCUGUGAUGACUUUUUCCAGUUGUGGCAAGAUACAGCUGAGAACAAUGCCAACAUCUACGAGCAGAUCUUCCGCUGCCUGCCGUCUAACGCCACCCGCUCCAUGAAGGUUCUCCGGGAAUAUGUGGCCGUGGAACCCUUGGCCACGGUCAGUCCUUCCUUGGCCCAGUCUGAGCUCACCAAGGUCCAGGGCCACCUGGUCCACUUUCCCCUCAAGUUCCUGGAGGAUGAGUCUUUGCUGCCCCCACUUGGCAGCAAGGAGGGCAUGAUACCCCUGGAAGUGUGGACCUAGCCGAGGCUCCGGGCAGGAGAGAGGUCACCAGCUGCUGGGCUCUACUUUGUCAGGCUCCUGUCCCCGGACCCGUGGACUGAAGGCAAGGCCCUUUGGGACGUGGGAAAGGCAGGCAUCCCCCAGGGGGACAGAGAAGGAAGUUAUAAGGGACCCUUCCUUGGACAGCAGCCAAGGAGGGCACACCUACCUCUAGCCUGGGGAGUGAGGAGAGGGGCCCAGAGAAGAGUGCUCUCGCUGUCUCCCAGUUCAGACCUGCUUCAGAGAAGCCCAACUCCAGCCCCAGGAUGCCCGGAGUCAAGCCACUAACUUCAGGAGGACAGGGCGCUGCCCUCCUUCUCCUGCCCUUGAGCUCUCACCCUCCCUAGAGCCUCUCUUCCAGCCUGUUUUGCCAAGGUGGAGGGAAAGCUGGAGGACCCACGGGGGGCAAGGGGCUCACUAACCCCCACCUCUGCCAGCCAGCUGACAGACACUAACUUUGUAUCAGUUCAAUAAGCGUUUCAUAAAUAAAUGUGUAGAAAAAGUC